AUGACCACCAAAGAAGCAUAUCUGUGGGCCACAGCCAUCAGUUUGUCAUUGGGAGUUAGGAUUCUAAUUUAUCAAAUGUCAAAGUUUCGAUUGGCACGUAUCGGAAUGCAACUGAAGAUAGCUUGUUGUUCUUUGAUUUAUAGAAAGGUAUUGAGGUUAAGUAACACAGCGUUAGGUGGAACAAGCACUGGACACAUAGUAAAUUUGUUAUCGAAUGAUGUGAACAAAUUUGAAGUGGUAUUUUAUUAUAUUCAUUAUUUGUGGAUCAGUCCAUUGGUAUUCAUAUUUGUUAUGGUAGUUUUAUGGAGACUUAGUGGUCCUGUGUGUCUGGUUGCAUUUAGUUUCCUAGCCCUGGCCAUGUUUGGACAAGUGUUCACGGGAAAGUAUUUUUCCCGGCUCAGGGCUAAAACCGCCACCCUUACCGACGAAAGAGUGGAGAAAAUGAGUGACAUUGUUUCAGCAAUGAGAACUAUUAAGAUGUUUGCCUGGGAGGAAACAUUUUCUAAACUGAUUCGAAACAUUAGGAGGAAAGAAAUACAAGUAAUCCAAGAAACAAGCAAACUAUUGGCACUAAUGCAUGGUAACCCACAAUGCUUCAUCCCAGUGUUCAUGUUUCUAUUAUUCGUCAUUUCUUCUCUGGUUGGUGAGAACAGUGUUGACAUAAAAACUGUGUUCCUUGUUAUGCCGCUGGUAUUGUCCAUUCGUUUGCCGAUGACAUACUAUUAUCCUCAAGCUAUCACAAGGUUAUCACAGUCCUAUAUUACAGUUCAAAGAAUUCAGAACUUGUUGCUUAUGGAUGAAACAGCAUCAUUAUGUUAUUGGAAUCAUUCACAUAGAUGUAAACGCGGAAUGACGGUGAAGUCUAUCACUUGCACUUGGGAUAAAAGUGUCGAUAUUCCAACCCUGAAAGACAUCAGCUUUAAUGUGCGACCUGGGGAACUACUGGCUGUGGUUGGACCAGUUGGAUCAGGAAAGUCGUCCUUGUUAAUGGCCCUAUUGAAUGAACUGCAAAUAAGUAAUGGUGGUUUGGAAGUAAUGGGCAGUGUCGCGUAUGCAUCUCAACAACCAUGGAUUUUCUCAGCCUCACUGAGACAAAACAUUAUUUUUGGACGACGUUACGAUAAAAAGAAGUAUGAUAAAGUAAUAGAUUUGUGUGACUUAGAAAGGGAUAUUAGGACACUUUCGUAUGGUGAUCGCACAUUGGUUGGAGAGAGGGGCGUGGCACUGAGUGGAGGACAAAGGUCAAGGGUUAGUCUAGCCAGGGUUCUUUAUUCUGAUGCGGAUGUGUAUCUCCUCGAUGAUCCACUUAGUGCUGUUGACGCAUCUGUUGGAAGACAUAUAUUUAACAAAUGCAUUAAGGAAUAUUUAUCAUCCAAACUGUGUAUUUUGGUGACCCACCAACUUCAGUACCUAUGUGGGGCAGAUAGGAUAUUAAUAUUAGAACAGGGAAAAACAUCAACAAUUUGUACAUUUGACGAGAUGGUAAUGGCUGGUGUUGAUUUCAAUAACUCAUUGGAGAAAGAGAAAAAUGCAAAGCAACAUGUAUACCAGGGCCAUAAUAUAUUCAAUAUGGGGAAUGUAACAACAUAUCCAAGCCGAAGAAGAAUUUCACUGGCACAUGAAUCUCCCAUGGAUUCAAUGUCUUGGUUAUCAUUAUCGGAAAUGCCUGGUUUCCUACCCGAAUUCCCUGCAUAUACUUUAGAAAUUGUUCAACGUUUUCCAAUAUGCUUUCCACAGUCAGGAAAGAAAGAUAACAUGGAAUGUACUGCUAUCCAAGAAUUUGAAGUUGAAGAAAGGCAUAGUGGUUCUAUAGAUUGGAAAAUUUAUAUAGACUAUUUCAAAGCCGGUGGAAUUUGGCUGUUUAUAUUUUCAAUACUUAUUACCAUAUUUGCACAGGUUGUUAUUAUUAUGACGGAUUGGUGGUUAUCAUUUUGGGCACAAACAGAAGAAAGAUAUCACGAUUUAGAAAUAAUUGCUUUCAAUUCAAGUAGCAUUAACAUGAAUAAUACUUGGUUUCAUCCUGGUUUGAGUACACAUGAACAUAUUUAUAUAUACUCGGUUCUUGUUGUGAGUCUAUAUACGUUUGCCAUACUUAGAACAUAUCUACUGUUUAAAGUAUGUUUGAAUGCUUCCAAGAAUUUACAUAAUAGAAUGUUUGAAGCCAUUAUCAGGGCACCUAUAUUGUUUUAUGAUACAAAUCCUGUGGGCCGAAUAUUGAACAGAUUUUCUAGAGAUAUUGGUUACAUGGAUGAAGUACUUCCUAAAUUAAUUUUCGACUUUAUCCAGCCAAAUUUCGCAGUAUGUGGUAGUAUAAUUUUAGCUUGUGUUAUUAAUCCAUGGGUACUCAUACCUGCUAUUCCAAUGGUUCCAUUAGUUAUGUACAUCAGGAGCUAUUAUUUGCAAACAUCAAGGGAUAUAAAACGAUUUGAAGGCACAACUCGUAGUCCAGUAUUUUCUCAUCUGUCAGCAACUCUACAGGGCUUGUGCACAAUCCGUGCUUUCAAUGCAGAAGAUAUUUUUGUACGAGAAUUUGAUGACCAUCAAAAUUUGCACACUGGAGCUUAUUUUCUGCAUAUAACUAUGAGGGCCUGGUUAUCUCUACGAUUGGAAAUAAUAUGUGCCUGUUUUAUUUCGUCUGUGGCAUUUACAGCGAUUGCUGUUGCAGAAGGGCUAAAUGUAAUUUUAAUAGGACUAUCUAUGACUUAUUCCAUGAGUUUGAUGACGGAUUUUCAAACGGUUAUUGGAUUUAGUACAGAGGUCGAGAACCAGAUGACGUCGUCGGAACGUGUUAUAUCUUAUUGUAACAUUUGUCCAGAAGGCCCGUUACAAAUCCUGAAUAUAACAGAUCCUGGGUGGCCAAAAGACGGCAAUAUUACCAUGACCGAUGUAUCAUUCAAAUAUUCCAAAAACUCCCCAGCCGUGAUUAAAAAUAUAUGUUUUUCUAUAAGAGCAAUGGAAAAGGUUGGUAUUGUAGGAAGGACUGGUGCUGGUAAAAGUUCACUAAUCAAUUGUAUAUUUCGUAUGGCUGAACCGAGUGGUACUAUAAAGAUAGAUGGUGUGGAUAUCACAAGACUAGGAUUACAUGAUUUAAGAUCGAAAAUAUCUAUUAUAACCCAGGAGCCUGUAUUGUUUAGAGGAUCCCUGCGUUCAAACCUGGACCCAUUUACUGAAUAUGCAGAUUCUGAAAUUUUGAAAGCCUUAGAACAGGUACAACUACUUUAUGAAGUGCAAAGGUUUGUAGGAGGGUUAGACACCGAACUUGCAGAAUCGGGAUCGAAUUUGAGUGUCGGGCAAAGGCAAUUAGUGAGCUUGGCAAGAACUCUACUUCGAAAAAAUAAAAUACUGAUAUUAGAUGAAGCAACAGCAAAUAUCGACAAAAGAACUGAUGCUAUAAUACAGGAGACAAUCCGUAACAGAUUUCAGCAUUGCACUGUACUGACAAUAGCGCAUCGACUGAAUACUGUCAUGGACUCGGAUAGAAUAUUAGUUAUGAGUAACGGUAGAGUUGCAGAAUUUGAUGAACCACACUUACUGCUACAAAAUCCCUUGGGGGAACUCUCACGGAUGGUUGCACAGACAGGUAGAAGUGAAGCAAAGGAUCUUCAUGAUAUUGCGAUGGCGGCAUAUAAUAAACGACAUCUUGAAGCUAAAAUGUCAAUGUUUGAUGGUGAUCAGCCAUCCCCCAAUAUAAUAGGAGCUAUUACCAAUGUUCCAUUACUCGAUACACUUGUGUAAGCUGAUGAUGCGUCAGUGAAGUUCAAACAAGAAGUCAAUGAAAUGUUACAGCUAAAGACAAUUAAUGUAAUAUAUAUAUAUAAAAUAAACAAUUACCACUCA